AUGGCCCUCCUCGAGCAUUUCAAGCCCCUUGCACUGAUCAUGGCAGUCUUGCACCUUGCCCUUGCUGUCAACAUCGAGUCCAUUACUCUGGUUGAGGCCCCUGGCUAUACUAACCUUCGCGGGUGCGCCAAAUACUGUUUCCAGAGCAAUGACAAUGGUAACGUCCAGUCUGCGCUGUCCUGCGACAUGAAUUCAUGUCUGUGCCGUUCAGAUCUGGCCACCGAUGCUCACAGCAUUAUUUCCUCCUGUAUAUACACACAACAAUGCAAGACAACCAACGAAGUCGAUCUCAGCCUGGGGCUAUCUUUCUUCGAUGGCUAUUGCUCUUCUUACCAAUAUGCUUUUACUGCGCCAGCGACAGCAACAGUCAUCCAGACUGAAAGCAGUGGCCCCAGUAAUAACCCGCCAAAUACCGCCCAACCUGGAUCGUCGCCCUCCACAAAAUCCACCGUGACAGUGACCAUCACUUCGACUCCGACCAGCCGUGCCUCAUAUACGACGUUCACAACGACCUCCACACUCCAAUCCACAAAGCUAUCUUCGCCUUCCUCGACCACCACAGGCAGCUCAAGCAUCUCAAGCACCAACGACCAAGGAUCCUCAAACUCCAACGGCAGCAGCAAAGAUCCUGGCCGGCAAGACACCCUGACCAUCGUCUUUGGCUUACUCGGUGUGGCAGUCGCAAUCAUCGUCGCCAUCUGGCAGGGUCGCAACAAGAACACCUGGACCAGACAGAAAGUCCGCGAGGUGCGCGAAUGGAAUCAUGAACGUCGACAUCACCAUUUCUCGGCGAGGAAUAGUACGACCUUGACGAACUUUGAAGCGCCUUCUGCGAGGAGUUGA